UUUGUUCACCUUAUAAAAUAUUUUUGUUCGUUUAUUACAUGACAAUCUGUCGAAUUUGAAAUAGCAUUAUUUGUGUAUGCUGGUCAUCAUGACCCAGAAUGAUUAUAUUCCACCAUUGCCCCAAAACGAAAAUCAUUCAAUUUCGAUGUGUGUAUUACUUUUACUUUCACCACCAUUCUUUUUGUGUGUAUAAAAAAACAAAUGGCGGAAAGUGAUACACGAGGUUGUACACGUGGUAGAAGUUUUAUCAGAGUUUAUCUUUGGUUUUAUGUGCUUUAAUUGAUAAAUUAUAAUUUAGUGAAAAUAUGACAUCACAAGUGCUGCAAAGAGUUGUGGAUGAAAAGUUUUACUUCAUUUAUACUACUGCAACGGAAAUAUGUUUACCCGAACUUGCAGUGCUAACGUUAUUUGAUAAAAACCACCCGGCGGAAAGCUUUGGGACGUUAACGGCUUCAGAAUGGGAAGAUAUUGUGGAAGGUACCGAGCUACAAGGGAAAGGACUGGAGAUUUUCAAUCGGAUUGCGGCAUGGAAAUUAGAAGCGAAUGUGUAUCCUGGUCAAUCGUGUAUACCGCCGCUUGAUCCGGGUAUGUAUGUUCUCCAGGUGAUACACGACGAUGCAGACGAUCUACCACAUACGGCUCAUACAGAAUCCACCGUUAAGGACCUUGACGAUACUGGAGACACUGUGGAAAUGCCAUAAGAGCCGUGUAUAGCUAUGCACGACGGUAGUGAAACUGGUCUUUAGUGAAACUGGAUUAUCAGGGACAGGAUGUUAGUGACUGUAGCGAACCGGAUUCGAACAAUAGUUGCGCUACGACAUCAAAAGUACGACAGAAGGUUGAGCCACAGAGAACAGACAUCAAUGAUCGAACAAAAAUAUUUAAAAAACGUGUGUAAACACUUGAAUUAAUAUACUAAAAACACUAGCGUCGCCACACCAACCUAUCCCAACUAUCUGUCAAAUCGAUUCCGGAACCGGUUCGAAAUCCUGGAUGGAUUCAGCAUGGAAUCUAGCUCAAAGAAAACAACCGAUUCCGACUCUAUCGGUUGACGAAUUUGAGCUGGAAUUCAUGCUGGAAGUCCGAAUCGGUUCCGGAUUAGUUCGACUGGGUAGAGGAAUAACCGCUGUCAAUUCUGUCGCACUCAG